ACAACAAACAAACAAAGAAAAAAAAUCAUUUAAAAAAACUGCAACAUUAACAAGCCAAAUUAAACUUUAAACAAAAGUAACACGAACAGAGGAACAGGAACCGGAACACAAAGCCAAAAUUUCAAAGGAAAAUUGUUGAAAACCUUGAUGCGACAGCCAAAGUUAUAUUUUGAAGUACAGCAUUUACAUGUGCAACAAUAGCAACAACAACAACAACAGAAAUAACCAUCAACAACAGCAAGCAUACGUACAGCAUAGAGCAUAGAAUUAUUCAUUGCAACUAGUUAACAAAUAAAAUUUCAUUAAAAUUAAAACUCACCAACAAUUUGCAAUAGCAACUUUUUACAAACACACAACGAGCAGCAACAGUUCGUCUACUGCAACAACACAUUCAACACAUUUUUCUCAACUUGCACACUUCCUCUAACUCGGCAAUUGAUCCUGCUGCAUUACUUUGUAGCAACGUAGCAACGUAGCAACGUACCAACGUAACAUCGGAGCAGCAACAACAUUUAACCACGCCGAAUUAUAAAUCAGCAACAAAAUUGGUAACAACGUCCUUGUAAACAGGCAACGACGUGCAACUGAAGCAAAUAAUCAGCAACGCAAAUUACAGCAGCAACAGCAUUAUCAGCAACAACUUUAAUGCCAGCAUAACAGCAACAAGUUGACAUAGCAGCACAGUUGCUAUAUGCCAUCUAUAUAAUCUAUCUUAUAGAUAGAUACGCAACAGUUCAGUUACACAACGUUUAGUGUGUAGAUAUUAUUUUGUGUAGUGGAAUCAAUCUAAAUGAAUUUGCUGUGCUGUUGCUGCUGUACCAUGGCACCAAAUACACGGGUAACACGUAAAUGGGAGCUCUUUGCUGGACGCAAUAAAUUCUAUUGUGAUGGUCUGUUGAUGUCCGCACCGCAUACGGGCGUUUUCUAUUUAACGUGCAUCCUCAUAACUGGCACAAGUGCGCUAUUCUUUGCCUUCGACUGUCCUUUUCUCGCCACACGCAUCAAUCCUGUCAUACCAAUUGUUGGUGCAGUCUUAUAUUUUUUCACAAUGAGUUCCUUGCUACGAACAACCUUCACAGAUCCUGGUGUUAUACCUCGCGCAUCUUACGAUGAAGCGGCGUAUAUAGAAAAACAAAUCGAAGUGCCAAAUUCACUAAACAGCCCCACAUAUCGACCUCCACCACGUACAAAAGAGGUCCUCGUCAAAGGACAAACUGUGAAAUUAAAAUAUUGUUUUACGUGUAAGAUAUUUAGACCGCCACGUGCAUCACAUUGCAGUCUAUGUGAUAAUUGUGUGGAUCGCUUUGAUCAUCAUUGUCCUUGGGUGGGAAAUUGCGUUGGAAAACGUAAUUAUCGCUUCUUUUAUUUGUUUCUAGUCUCAUUGGCAUUUUUAGCUGUAUUCAUAUUUUCAUGCUCUGUGACGCAUUUAGUUUUAUUAAUGAAAACAGAACAGGAAGUCUUCGAAGUGAUUAAGAAGGCACCAUUCACUGUGAUUGUUGUGUUUAUAUGUUUCUUUUCAAUUUGGUCUGUGAUCGGUUUAGCAGGUUUUCAUACAUAUUUAACAACAAGCGAUCAGACAACAAAUGAAGAUCUCAAGGGUUCAUUUUCCUCAAAAGGUGGACAGCGUUCAGUCAAUCCGUAUUCACGUGGCAAUAUAUGUCUAAAUUGUUGUCACAUAUUAUGUGGCCCAAUGACGCCUUCUUUAAUAGAUAGGCGUGGCAUUGCUACCGACGAAUAUAUCUUACAAAUGCAGCAGCAUUCAAGUCCACGUCAUCCGUUAAGUGAUGUUAUGAGUGCUACACAUGUAGGCAGCGCAAUGGUUACCUCACAGCCAAUGUUAGGUGGAAUCGGCAGUGCCGUUGGCGAUCUCAAACCACGUCUUUAUGACGAGUCAAAUCCAUCCUCAUCUUCGUUAGGCACCACUGGUGGAGUCUAUAGACCGCGCAGUUAUGAUAAUUUACAAAACGGUAAGUCACAGCAACACCAAAAAUGCUCAUUACAAACAUUAUUACCACCCACACAUCAACACAAAUACCAUAAACAACCAGAACGACAAAUACUUCAUGAACCGCACAGUGCGAUAGCCACACCACAACUUGUACAUUCACCAGCAACAUCAUCGUAUCGUUUAAAUCUCAAAAGAUCACUACAUUUACCACUUUCACCUUCGUUCGAUGUGCGUAAUUCACCGCUACCUUUACUGCACCAUCAUGCUGUACAUGCGCAACACAUUGCCGCCAAGCUACAAUCGGCAGCGGCUAUAACUACGACUACAGUGACGCCGACAGUGCCAACAACAACAGCAGCACCACCGCCAUUAACACCAAGACGUCCCUCAACACUACAACUGCAGUCAACAGCCGCCAUAUCCGGUAGCACCACUACGCUGACGACAAUACACACAAUUGCACCACAACCACCUGCGCCAAACGAUUUUAAAUACUUCUCACCACAGCGCAGAACCGAUUCGAAUUUAAUGACACGCGAACGUAAUCCAUUCCCAUUCCAUAAGGCACGCGGUGUACGUCGCCAAUCAACACAGUCUGUCGACUCGCAAACAAUCACUGUGGGCGGUUAUCAACCGCUGCCGAUGCGACCACGCUACAAACAUCAAGAGGUACUCUUCGAACUUAAAUCACCAACAAAUCGACUGACAAUUCGUGAAUGUGAUUUCGGUGGUGGCGGCGAACCCUGUGACGACGAUCAAUCCAUUAAAGAUAGUCAGAUUUUCCGUGUUAGUAAACGAAAUCUUUAUAUGAAUCACCGAUCGCCGUGGAAGGAACGCGAUCGUUACUCCAAUCUCUAUGAGUAUUCAUUCAAUAUUGAUUUGAAUUCAAUCAUUGAAGAUGCAGCGGGCAGUGAUUCGUCAUAGUACGAAGCUUCUAUCACAAUUGUUACUUGCGUUGCCAAUGCUGUCACCUACUACUC